AUGUCUUCGGGUGUUUUAACAAACGGGGACUCGAACGAAAGUGGAAUGUAAGAAUUCAUUUAAAGCGUGAUGAUAUAUAAUUUGUUGUUCAUUUUUCAGAACCGUCAAGCAGUUUCUAAAUGAACGAUGUAGGUUAUCAAAAUUCUUCUCGCAGAUUCCAGAUGAAGAUAAAUUAUCAAAAGCUCCAUUAAAACCCAUGCCACCAAGUAAGUUUUUGGAAAUUUUUUUUAAAAACAUAGAAUUGUUCAUCAAAUCCUAGAAAAUGUUGUUGAUUGAACGUUAUUAUUUUACUCGAUAAUUUAUAACUGAUAGCUAAAGGAAAAAAAUUGAUGGAUAACAUUACACUAACUUGUAAAGUUUUUGUAAAGUAUUUCUCCAGAGUCCAGAGUAUUUUUCCAAAUCCAGAGUAUUUUAACAAAAAAGAAGUUUCUAUAAAGAACCUUUGUGAAAUCGAAUAUAUAUUUCGCAAUAAUAGAUUUACUAUUCAAGAAAAGUUUUCCUAGAAUACGGAACAUGGAAUUUCAGCGCAUAUCUAUAUGUUAUUUUGAUCUCAACUGAUGGGGUUCAAAAAUUAGCAAACUAUUUUUUUUGAAAUUCGAGAAUUUCAGAAAAGUAAUUUAACAAUUCGGGUCAUUUUUUUAUCCUAACUAAUUGUCUCAACAACACAGGGUCAACAACCAGAUAGGUUACGCUAGUCAGAAAUCAGAAUAAUCAGAUAACUUCCUAUGUACCAGUUGUUACCAGAUUUGGUCAGCAAAAACUGGAUAUUGUUUUUCUUUCACUGUUGUUUGUGUUUUUGUCUUUAGAUCGACUCUUGUUUUAACAUAGUAUUGAAGUAUAAACUCUAUCCUAAUUACUUCUUUAUAAUUCAAAUGAAGCUGGAACUGAAAUUGUAUUUGAUGUAAGAUCCCACACUAAAUCUGUCACCUGUGUCGUGAUAUCCAAAAAGAAACAGUUUUCUCACAAUUAGAAAAGGGCGUGUGUAGUAUAAUCUUUUUCUUUCAUUUUUUUUCUCACAAAAAGUUGUCACCUUUUUGUUCUUUUUGUCACAUUCUUUCUUUAUUUCCCAUUUACUCCACAACCCGGUUAUAUAAAUUUUGACAAAAAAUAAUUUCAAUUAUUUUUUUGACCUUAUCGAUAUUUUUUAUGUCCUCCUUAUGGUUUCCCUCAUAAGACUCAAAUGUUUCGCAAUGUUUGACCAUGCAACCAUAUGGUCGGUCGAAAAAGACAUAUAAAUUAUAUAAUAGCGAAUCUCAACAUCAUUUUGUGCGAAUAGAGUCACCCAAAAACAUUUGGGUUCUGAGGAGAUAUUUUUCAUAUGUUAUGCGGAAUAUGAGUCACAUGGUUGGCUCUUUCUUGAUUUUUUCUGUAUUUUUAGAAUUUUCAAAUAUCUGGUUCGACUUUAGUGAAAUCUAUUGUUUUCCGAAUGUCUGAAAAUAAUUAAAGAUAAUUUGAGUUAUUAUCACCGCGAACGAAAUGAUUCAGAAAUUUUGGAAACUUAACAGAGUUUCCUUCUAAAAAAUUAUAAAUCUUUUCAUUUCUUCUUUUGAAUUCAUAAUCAUAAUCUAACUUUUUACUUAUGAAAAUAUUCUUUCAAAGUUGUCCAACCCUUGAUCUUUAUAGUUGAUACAUCACAUAAUGUUCCAAUAUAAACACAAAUAGACAUUGUCUCCCGUAGAGAAUAAUAAUAUUGUUAUUGUUUUUAUUGUUGUUUAUAUUUUUCUCAUCCGAACGGAUGGCACAAAAAUGUGACAAUAACCAUUGAUAAUUUCCCAAAAGCAAAAUUACGCGUCAUUCCUGCUUGACUCUAAAAAUCGUCAUCACCUGUCAUCGUCACCAGUCAUUUUAUGUCUUUUUUACGAUAUCUUCUUGUCUAUUUUAUCUGUUGCGAGCUGUGACCGCUUCUAUCUAUCUAUAUUCAAAUAUUAUUUCAAGAAUUCUUCCAACAACCAACAACAAAAUUUCGACAUUUUUAGUAAUGGAUUUGAUGAACAAUUUAAUUCUCGAUUUACACGAGAAUUAUAAAGAGAAUUUUGAUAAAUCACAAUUUGACCAGUAUAUUGUUCCAGCGGAUAUUAAUCUACAUGAUAUCCCCUCGGCUUUAGAACAGCUUACAAGAACGUCACCUGUUGAAAAACGUAAAGCUUUACAAGAAUCAACACCUAAUAAUGGAGGUAAGACAAUUUUCUAUGAACAUUUUUUAACUGAAAUAAAACAUUUAAUUUUUCAGAACCUUCUCAUCCUAAAAAACAAAGAAUGGAUCCUCCCACAACUUCAAAUCGUUAUGAAAAUUCUCUAUUAUUAACAACACAAAGAUUUAUGAUGCUAAAACAGAUAACUAGAGAUAAGGUUAGUAAAAAUCCUUGAAAUGAAUAAAAAUAUGGAAUUGUACUGAAUUCAGAUUUUGAAUUUGAACGAUGCAGCUGAUUUUCUUGAAGUACCAAAACGUCGACUUUAUGAUAUUACCAAUGUUUUGGAAGGUAUUGCAAUUGUUGAGAAAAUAGGAAAAAAUGCCAUACGCUGGAGGUAAGCAUUUUUGAGUAUAAUGUUUGUUAGAACCAGCUAGGCCAAUUUUUAAAAUAGCGGUCAGGCUCUGAAAAUUAGUUUGAUUUUCAAGUUUCCAAAAGGAUCUUCCAUUUGAAAUAAAUGACAAAUGUAGUGAAAUUAUUUUCUAAAACACUAAACAAUUUUUUUUUUCAGAGAUGAAGUUCCUGAUCAUCUCAAACAACAGCAAUUACAAGAAGACGUUGAAACACUCGAAAAACAAGAAGAAGAUAUUGAUGCACUUAUUCGAGACUGUAAAUCACUUUAUAGAUUAGCUGCUGAAGAUCCCGUUGAUAUGCCAUAUGCGUGAGUUGUUUUCUAAAACUUCCAAAAUCUCAUUCAAAUAUUUUCCAGUUAUAUUCAACGUUCUGAUAUUCGUACACUCGACACACAAAAUGAUACAACAUCAAUUGCAAUCAAAUCAGUGUCAGAUUAUGUGAACAAUGUUGAAGUACAAGUUGCUGAUCCAUAUGUGACUGGUGGAUUUCAAAUGAUUGCCAGAAAUAAAUCUGGAAAAGAACUUGCCGCUUAUUUGUGCAAAAAUGAUAAUUGUGCCACAUUUGAGCCAUCUGCAAAACAAGUUAAAGUUGAAUUACUUCCAGUCAAAGAAGAACUUGUUGAUGAAACUUAUGAACAAGGACCAUCAAAUGUUGUCAAAAUUGGUGAGUUUGGGAAAACAUUUGGGAAUAUAGAUUUGAAAUUGAGACGUAGAACUCAUAUAAUUUGAGACAUUAACUUCCAAUUUUUGUUUCAUAGAAACUUCGAAUUCAUCUUCAUAAUAAUAACAAUUUGAUUUUUCAGAGCCAUUCGACGACUAUGUUAUCCCAGACGGAACCAAGAAGACAGGUCCACAAAUUGCUAAUGUUAUUGAAACUCCAGGACGCGGUCUCUACAUGUCUCCACUCAAGCCACUUAUGGAUCCAUCAAUUUUGAUGCCUGGUCCACCAACAUCCUCUUCUGGUUUCAUUCCAAUUCAACUUCCACCAACUCCACCAAUGAGACCGUGGAAUAAUUUGGCUGCUCCACCAAGUCUUCUCGAAUUAUUCCCAUUAGAUGAAACAGAUUAA